ACCCAAUUGUUGCCUCCUAUGCACACACAGUGUGUUCACGCUGCUGUUGGACAGUCAUUUACCGUGGACAUCUGCUAAAGUUGGCAGGGUUUGGACAUUUAUUCACAGCCAUGGAAAACUUUUGGAUGGACCAAGUUGAGAAGCAUGAAGAGGCCGAAACCAGGCAGCAACAGACUCAUCACCGUGAUACAAAAGAGUGCCCUGAUACUGGCUCUACCUCUCUCAUUGGUGGUGAAUCAGAGAGCAGACUUAUUCCACAUGAUGGCAGCUGUGAAUCAUCUCCCCACAGCAAAGAUUCCAGAAGUCUUGCAUCCUUACCAACAUAUGUUGAAGUCCCAGGCCCAUGUGACCCAGACGACCUUAUUGACGGGAUCAUCUUUGCAGCAAACUACUUGGGCUACAUUCAGAUGCUAUCAGUUAAGACUCCGACAAAGAACAUCCGCAUGAUGCAAGCACAGGAGGCUGUCACCCGCAUUAAGACCCCUGAGGAUGGUGCCCAGGCGAUGACAGCGGUUGAUCUCUUCAUCUCCACUCAGAGAAUAAAAAUGCUCAAUGCAGAUUCCCAGGAGACAAUGAUGGACUAUCCUCUGCGCACCAUGUCUUACAUUGCAGACAUAGAGAACAGUGUGGUUUUGAUGGCCAGAUGCAGAAUGCCUCCACCUGAUUCUCAAGAAACUGUCAACCCCUCAGACCCGGAAGCACACAGCCACUACAAGAUGAUAUGUCAUGUGUUGGAAUCUGAGGAUGCCCAGCUCAUUGGCCAGUCUCUCGGGCAGGCCUUCAGUGUGGCUUACCAGGAGUUCUUGAGGGCCAAUGGCAUUAACCCUAAAGGUCGGACUCAUAAAGAAUACAGUGAUCUGCUUAACACUCAGAGAAUAUACAAUGAUGACCUCAUCCACUUUUCUCAGUCAGAAAACUGCAAAGAAGUGUUGCUCGAGAAAACAAAAGGGGAGAUUCUUGGUGUGGUCAUUGUGGAGAGUGGGUGGGGCUCCAUUCUGCCAACAGCCAUCAUUGCCAACAUGAUGCAUGCUGGACCAGCAGAGAGGUCUGGCAGGCUGAACGUAGGUGAUCAGAUCAUGUCCAUUAAUGGUACCAGUCUGGUGGGUCUUCCUUUGUCCACUUGUCAGAGUAUCAUCAAGGGUAUUAAACAACAGUCAAAGAUCAAGAUGAACAUAGUGAGAUGUCCUCCAGUGACAACAGUACUCAUCAGACGUCCAGACCUCCGCUACCAACUGGGUUUCAGUGUCCAGAAUGGCACUAUCUGUGGUCUUAUGCGUGGUGGAAUUGCUGAAAGGGGUGGAGUGAGAGUCGGUCACCGCAUCAUUGAGAUCAACAGCCAAAGUGUGGUUGCCACACCCCAUGAAAAAAUUGUUCGUCUGCUGUCCACGGCUGUGGGAGAGAUCCACAUGAAGACGAUGCCUGCAGCCAUGUACCGCCUGCUGACCGCCCAGGAGCAGCCAGUUUACAUUUAAAUAAAUUAUUACUUUCUGACCAAAGAUCCUUUGAAUUUCUAUUGUAACUUUCCUGUCUCCCUCUCUACUCUGACCGGCAUAUAUUCUCUAAAGUAGCGGUCCCCAGCCUUUCUUGCUCCGUUUAAUGUCAGACAAUAUUUUCAGGGAGCGGCCUUUAAGAUAUAUAAUUAGUAACUUUAACAUAUAACAAAUAACAUAUAACGAAUAACUAUAACAAAAUAUGAUAUUACCUGCAUGAAAACUGUGAUAUUUUCUAAACAUAAUAAUAAACACGAAUCAUGACACGAGGAACGUCCUAUAUGGCCACAAGGCUCUAAUGUUUAAACGUGACUUCAAAAUAAGACAUGCCACAAAUAAAAAGUGCAUGAAAAAUACGACACUGCAUCACCACAUAUCAUGCAAAAUACAAAAAAACACUGCCCCUGAUAUUUGCAUGCCACCAAGUGGCUUGGUGCCGCUGGAUGUCACGUUGAGAUAAAUCCGUAUUUUAAGUAGGACUCCUGAUCCUGUCUAUUAUAAUGAUAAUAAUAAUACGUUUUAUUUAUAAGCGCCUUUCAAGACACCCAAGGACACUUUACAAUAACAAAAAACACAAAACAAUACGGGUUGAGCAGAGGCAGCCAAAACGCGACAGUGUUCACUCAACCCGAAAGUCAGAAAGAAACUACAAGGGAGGGUG